GUUAUCGAAGAGGUUCAGGAGCAAAGGCUGAUAAAGACUGAUAAUAAAACACACCUUUCGUUUUGUAGUCAGUUGAAAACCGUAUUUUGAGUGUUAUCUACCAUGGUUCGAGAUCGAAUACUUGAAUUAUGUGCUAAUAAAAGAAAUGAUUCAAUGGGGAGAAAUUUUUUACAAGAUGUUUGUACACAAAUAAAUCAUAAUAAAAAAAUAAAGGAUGUUUUAGACGAAGCGGAAAAAAUUCGGGCAAUGAUUGAUGUUCUCAGAGAUAAUAUAAAUGUUGUUAAAGAUUUACACAAUAAUGUUCUAUCUCAUACUGAUCACGGUAUACAAUUAGAGUUGGAGUCCCGAACGUUUAUAAUAUCACAAACUGCUUUCAAAAUUCGAACGAGUUUAAAAGAAAUGGGCAAAGAAAUCCCGCGCGUUGAUGAAAUUACACUGGAGAGUGCGAGAGACGGUCCCGCUCAUGCGCGGAUUAAGUUUUUACAAUAUGCGACGAUGCUUAAAAUGUUCUCAGACAUUAUGCAUGAAUACAAUGAUUCACUUAUGCGAUAUCAUGAAAAAUGUUCAUCACUUUUACAUCAACAAAGAAUUUUACUUAGAAAAGAAACUGCCAGUCAAAUAUUUUACGAUGAUGAUGAUGAAGAGUACGAUCAAAAGAAAAGUCUUUUUGUAGAUAAUAUCUUGGAAGACAGUAAAUUAGCGAAGCUUCAACUUUCAGAAAUCAAACAAAGGCACAAUGAAUUGAUAAAAUUAGAGAAAUCACUCAAAGAAAUAAAGGACAUGUUUUUGGAAAUGGCUUUUCUUAUUGAAAAGCAGGGUGAGCAACUAAAUUGCGUUGAAUAUUUUGCGGGAAAGGCAUCAGAUAAUGUUGAAGAAGGUCGCUGUGAUCUUUCCCGAGCGGAAAAAAGACGGCACAGAAAUCGUAAGAGAAAAACUAAACUUAUCAUCAUACUCAGUAUAAUAAUUUUAAUUCUCUUAUUAAUAGCAAUUUUCUUCUAAACUUUGUCAUAUAUUGUAGUUUUGUUUAUAAAUUUACCAUAUAUAAAG